AUGCCUGUACUCCGUGGGGAUGCUAUCUGGGUUGGUGGAAUUGAUCGUUGGGUUGGAUUAACUAAGAAAACAGCUGUUUUCAUACUGGAGUUGGUAGACCUGCGUACGUUGGUUCGUUGUCAUCUCCUCAGUCCUCACUCUUGUGGGGUGGGUACAUUACGGAAAGAAUCGAUUGUUCUGAAAAUGGCUGCUAAUAGCGGUGGUGUAGAAUGGGCUUCAAUUGUAAAACCAAUAUUAGCAGCCUCGUAUGGGUCCUUCAAUAAAAAUGACGUGUUAGAACUCGUCAAAGCUAUUAACCGGAGUGAAGCUGAUCUCCUUAAUCAUGAAGAUGAGUACGAGAUUUUCUACACAGCUUUUGCUGCUCUUGCAGCUGAUUACAUCAGUUCCAGUGUCUCUUCCUUGUGCAAAAGCCAAAUCAGCGUUGUCUGUCAAGCUUGCCGCAUUCUUUUGCAAUACCUCCUGUCACGAUUGCAAGCCCAAAGUGGUGGUGAAGUUGUCGCAACUACACUCUCUGCAAAGCAGCUUCUUCUUCCCAUCAGAGCGUUGUGCAAUGCUGAAGGCAUGCUACAGAAGACUGAUCAACUUGCUCUCACAGCUGUGAUGAAAAAUGCAAAGCUACCAGCUCACAUCAAAACGAGUACUUCAGGAGAAAGAGAUGCACCAACCAAAGAAGCUAAGAGGACAAGAUCUGAUCUAUCAACUUCUAUUAUGGAACAAUUGACAACUCCACUCCACGACUUUGGGGUACCUCGCCCAUUGGCUCAUGAAACUAGUAGUGACACUGCUACAAAGCCUGAUGGUAAUAAUUUGAAUCAAAAUGCAGAUCCAGCUCAGGAAAUCAAGACUCAAUUCAUCCAGAAAAAUGUUGCAAGUCUUCAGACAUUAGGUGCUGGUGACAUAUUAAUUGACAUGUGUUUGAAUCUUCCUCAUUUAUCACGGUAUAUUCACAAAUAUAAAGAUGCAAUUGCAAAGAAAGGAUUCAGCCUACCCUCAUCACAUUCUGAAGCCAUGCUUGUUCGGCACAGUUUGCAGGCCUUAGUGAAUGAUACUAGCCUUUGUUGGAGUGCUCUCUCCUUACCAGUCUUGGAGCCCUUGACACCAGAGAAAUUGGAAAAACUUUGCAUACUCACUAUGUCCUGUCUAUAUUGUGCAGUAUCCAAUGCAACAGCUAGUAGUCUUCUAGGAAUUUCUUCAGUUAUUUCUCCCAAAUGUACUGGAACUUCCGGCACAGUUGGUACCAAUGUUUCAAAAGGAACAGAAGAUGAAGGAAGUUCAGACAGCCAUGCAAUCAUGGUAGUAGAGAAAGCAUUAGAAAUCUUCUCUCUAGUAUCCGGAGUUAUUAAAACGUCCACAAGGGCGGGAGGUCAUAUUCUUCAGAAUCAUUUAUUGAUUGGAGUAUGGGUUCUGAUAAUGGGUCUUCAGACUCAAUUAUCUGCAUCGAGCUUCUUGGUUCCUGAUAAAAGCAAAGAGGAAAAGGGAAAGUCCCCUAGCAAAGCUCGGGAAGGGUCAAGUCGUAUUAACCUUAUGAAAGUGCAACAGGGAUUUGGAGUUCUGUCUGUGGCCUUGGCUUCCCAGGCCUUAACCAUGAUGUCAGCUCUUUUAGAUGAUGUACAAGUAGAAUGUGCUGGGCAGCUAGGUGAUGCAGAAAAUGUAGAACCUGCAUCUUUGGAUAUAUUAGGCCAGUUUACAGCUCUACAAAGAGCUGCUAAAUUUUUGGGUGCUGCUCCCCUUAAUCAACUUCUAUUCUAUUUGGCAACUAUCAGCUACAGGAAGGCUUGCACCCUGAAGAGAAUUCAGAAACAU